AUCCAUUUAUUGUGGUUUACCUCAGGGGAGGAAACUGCUAUCAGUGAAAGGUCAAUGAUAAACCCUUCAGGCGUCACAGAAUCAGCUGAUAGCCCCAUAUUAGUGUCUGUUAUUAACUGAAGGUGCGAAGUGUACUGGAGUCACAGAAAACUCUACGCUUGUGUGUGUGUGUGUGUGUGUGUGUGUGUUGAGUGUGUACAGAGGGCGUGGCGGCAGUUCAGAGUCAAGAGAGAUGUUCGUUGUUAACAAGGACGGCAGAGGCUCGCUAGCUCUUCCUAGAGUCUGGAAGUCGCUAGAAUAAAAGAAAAAUCCGUCUUUACGUCUCUGACUCUCUCUAAAAACUGGCUGGUGAAAAGAUUCCGUGUUCUUACACUACGACGCAUCUCGGUGCUGGUUGAUGUGUACCCCACAUUGCUGCGUGCUUACUCACUCCCCAGCCUUGAAUCGCUAGACACCCUGAACUCCCGCCCCUUCCCUGACGCCCCGGAGCCGCGAGGACCUGCCAGCCACUCGCCAGCGCCGCGCCACCAUGGACGUGAAGGCCGAGCUUGUCUUAUUGAUCUUCACCCUUAACUGCGUCACCCUGAUUCUGGUUGGCAAGGACUUGACGCGGUCUCGUCUAUGUCGGGAUACAUAUGCUCACGACUCGGUUUGCAUUGCCAAGUCAAUCAACACCCCUAUCAUCCUUAACGACACCACCAGCACCAUUGCUCACAUCAAGAACACCACCAAUACUUCACUCAGCGAUGUCAUCUCACCACAACUAUCACCACCAUUACAACGGUCACCACAUUUACAGCCACAGCAGCAGCCACGUCAACUGUUCUCAUCAUUACUAAGCAAGGGAGAGGAGGAGCAAGUGGAGGAUUCUCACGCCCUGUCAUCGCUGCUACCACCAGGGGAACCAAAAUUCAACAAAAGCCUCACCUGGCGUCACGAAGACAGGUCAAGCCGCCACGUUAAUGUGACGCAGGCAGUGGAGUCUUCCGGCCUGAUCCUCACCGCCACCUUCGUCUCCACUUCCGUCGUCUCAUCGCAGGUGCUAGGCAGGUGGAUUGACAGGUGGUCCCGAAAAAGUAUGAUGAUGCUACCCCUGACGGGCGUGGUGCUCUGGGCCACCUGUGGAUUGAUGGUUUCAGCCGCGCCCUGGAUCCCCUUCUUCUUGUGGUUCGUGGGAGCGGGUCUAUGCGGCCUCUGCGGGGGCUUCAUCACCCUCAAAACCGCCGUGACGACCUACGCUCUACAGGCCAUGGCACGCGGGGACAAGAUGGUGAAGCUGGCUCUCCUGCAGGCCGCCAUCUCUCUGGGGGUGUUUGCAGCCUAUCUGUGUUCCUGCUAUCUGCCUGCUAACACUCAUGGAGAGAUUACUGAUACAUUUUUAGGUAUUACGCUGCUGGGAAUACUGGACAUCAUCUUCGCCAUGGUGUUCCUCUCGGCCACAUCCCAAACACCACCCCCCGCACCAACCACUCCUUCCACCACCCCUCGCACCCGCUCUUCCAACCCUUCCCCCGCAGGAUCCGCCACUCGAGUUAAUGCGCACAACUCCACCUUAAGUUUGGCUCGGCAUGCUCAAAGAGAGGAGGAGCAGGAGGAGCAGAGGGAAAGAAGGCACGCUGGAAAGAUUAAAAUAAGAAUAGUCGAUGUAGUGAAAGAUGAUGAUGAAUGUGAUGAAGAUGAAAAGAAGAAGGGUGAACGACAUGUCCAAAGGAAGGUGCAGGAGAUGAAGAUGGUGGCAGGGGUAGUGGAGGAGGAGGAGGAGGAGGAGGAGGAGGAGGAGGAGGAGAGGAACGAUGGAUAUCAUGAAGAAAGAAUGGUGGAGGCAGCGAAGGAAGAGGAUGAUAAAUGCGAUGAAAGUGAAGAAGAGGAGGAGGAGAAGGAAGGAGAAAGAUAUGUUGGAGAUCAUGAAGGAGGAAUGACAGAGACAGCAAAGGGAGAUGAUAAAUGUGCUGAAAAUGAAAAAGGGGAAAGGAGAAAUGAGAAAGAAGCGGUUGGUGAAUAUGAUAGAAACGAGAAAAAAGAAGUGAAAGAAGAGAAAGAGGAAGAUGAGUCCCAUGAAAAAGAGGAGAGAGAAAAGGAAGAAAAGAAUGAGGAAGAUGAAUGUCAUAAAAAUGGAGAGAGGAAAGAAGAGAAAGAAGACGAACUGAAUAUAAUAAAAGACACAGAAAGUAUUCUAGCACACCCUAUAUUCCCUAUUGACAUUUUCGUUAUUCCUCCCAUAGAAGAGGAAGACGAAAGCUUGAGCGGCAUGAAAAAGAACACACAGGAAAAUAGCGCUAUAGAGCCGGGAGAAAUAGACCGAGACGAGGGACAUUUGAUUGCCUAUUCUACCGAGGAAGAGAAACCGCAGGGGAUGAAGAUCAAACAGAUCAGACUAGAGUCCCACGGUUCCUCGCCCUCCCACCACACCAUCACUAUUGCCUCCGAGGACGGCAACAGCGUAUACGGCACCCCUCCUGAGCCCUCCAGCCACUAUGGCACGCCUCCCAGCCGAACGCUCUCCCGCCACUCUCUAGAGGCUGCGGAGGGGGUUCAUCAGCAAGCAGCUUCAGCCUCCCACCAUCCACCUCAAGCGUGCGUCCCCUGCUGCUGCCACCACGGAAUGCAGGAGGACCACUUUUAUUACAGACGUCCCAGGGAUUACAGUAUAGGAUUGUCAUCUUCAGCGCCAUCUGCACUCCAAAGUACCAUUAAUGCGAGGGAUCAUGAAGCCCCUCACAACUUCCAGAACGAAAUACAGUUCAAACACAGGCUAGGAGGCUAUAGCUCCCAGCAAGAUUCCCUAAUGAGUCUGAAUGUGCUGUUGACCCCUGAUUCCUCCCGCUGCUUCACGCUGAGCUGCGAAGGGUCACAUCCAAGCUGCAGCAGCAGUAGCGAGGGGUGUCGGCACUGUCAUGAUGUGCUGCGAGAGGACGAGGGGUAUAAUUUCGGUGCCUAUGCUUCUCUAGACGAUAUGCAGAGUUUGUCACUCCCUGUCUCCAGUAACUCUGACACUUUAAGCCUCUCAAACAACCCUAGUUCUAUUACAAGACACCCCGAAAUCCCGCCGACAACACAAAACGAGAGCAUGGGUGAAGUGAGCGAGGGUGCAGGAGACAGGUCCUCGGCGCCCUUGACGCUGGCCAGUGAAUCAAGUGGUGAAGGAGACUGUUGCGCAGGUGGCGCGGGGAGGUGCCGGGUGUGCGUGGGGGGAGGACUAUUCUGCCGCCCGGUGUCAGUGACCUUUCGACGCAGAGCCGCAGGGCUGAGAGGUAUCGUGGUCGCCGAUGUGGUGGCCGCCUUCGUCAUCAGUGUGGUGGCGGCAGCCGUGUGGGAGGUUACGCCACUCUACCUGGAAGCAAAGAUGAAGUGGUCACUGGCAGACUGGAUCCCGUACCUGGCCUGCCGCAGCGGACUGGGAGUGGUGGCGUUGGUGGUGCUGCUGCCUCUGCUGCGCCGGUGGUGGGUGCUGCAGGACACUACGCUGGGAGUGCUCGGCGGUAUAUCCAGUUUCACUUCCUCCACUCUUCUUAGUUUCCUGACUUCUUCUUCAGCUGUCAUUCCUUUAGCUCUCAUCUCUGGGCCCUUGGCACAGUAUCUCAACGUGGCCUCCGCUUCCAUCUUAGUACGUCUGGUGGGCGUGAAUGAGUUAGGUGGCGUGAUGAUGUGCCUGUGCACUAUUGAACAGCUAGGGAUGAUAACUGGCUUGCUCACUUUCCACUAUAUAUUUCCCUUGAUGCUACGGUGCAAGAUGCCCGGCGUCACCUUCAUAUCAACAGGCCUCUUGGUGACGGUGCCGUCAGUUAUAUUAGGGGUGCUGUAUUUCUCGCUGAAUUUACGACAGAGGAUUUCUCCACGGGGAACGCCCAGCCGCCAGCCAUCGUCCCUCGGGGGUCAACGAAGCGCAAGCCAGCAGCGAUCACGCCAUUCAUCUGAACUUGGACGAAAUAAAACACACAAUGUAAACACCUCCCGUGUGCCGCAACUGAGUGUUUUAUAGUUUCUUAAACAACGAUUAAUGAAUUACUAACUAAUUCGGAGCGUUUUUAAAAGUUAUUAAUUUUCUUCCACGUGCCUUACUGUCAGGGUAGUCAAUGCCUUUAUGUUCGCUCACUUUAUUCUGCGUCAGAUUCCAAUAACAAUUGCACAAACUUUAGUAAUUAGGGUCGUUGAGACAACAUUACAACUACUUAGUUACAAAUACACCAGAACCUUUCCUUUGCUGCUCAUCUGAUGAGCAUGAUUCAAGAGACGGUAAUGGCAAUAAUAUAUCCACGUUACACGCGAUACAACCUCAAACUAAUUCAUGGAAAAUUUCUGCUUCCAGCUAUCUAGCAAGAAAAAAAAAAAAAGAGCAAACUGCCCACACAGUGUCAUCUUCCAUAGUAUAUACAAUAACUAUACUGAAUUAUAUGUAGUAUUUACCAUGAAUCAAUGACAAAGCUGUUAAACCAUUCACCACAUGAAUAUGCGUAGCAGUGUGUUGCGACUCUGAUAAGACACGGAGCCUAAACAAUUAGUAUCACAGACUAAACGUUCUAUGUUAAACAGGUUUCUUCUUUGAAUGUUACACUUCUUAUUUAAUAACACCUACUUGUAAGCGGCGUGAUGCACGCACGCACGCCCGCACACACACACACACACACACACACACACACACACACACACACACACACACACACACACACACACACACAUUGUGUCUAUUACAUAAAAAAAAAAUGUUUCAUUGGUUGUGUAAACGUAUAUAUAACUUAUUUGGAUAGAAUGAAUAUUAGUUGAUAAAAAAAAUAUAUAUGAAAAUAAAUAAAAAGCCCACAGAACCA